GGCACCAGGAACUAUGCACUCCCUCCUCUUCCUCUGCGCCCGUCACCUGGUGGGCCACCGUCCCACCACCCACCGGGCCCUGGACAUUGUCCCCACCGAGCUCUACCCCGUCCUCUUCCAAGCCGCCUUCCUGGACGAGAGGACUCUUGCUCUUCAGGACCUGGUGGGGACGUGGCCCUUCCCCGUCCUCAGUUUCCCUUGGCUUUUGGGCCACCGUGGCCACCAAGGUGACCGGCACCCUCUCCACGGUCUUGAGAAGCCCAGCAAGUUGUGCGUCCAAGCUGUCAUCCUCGCCGUGGUGACACGGCUCCGUCGGGCGUUGGAGGAACCCUGUCGUGAUACCAGCGAGAGCCGGUGCCGCCUGAAGGUGCUGGACGUGACGGGACUCCAAAGCGAUGACACCGACCGCGGCCCGGAGUGGAUGAGCCUCUGGUCCUGCACGGUGGCCUUGGCCAAAGCCUGCGUGGAGGUCUCCAAACACCACCACGAGUGCCUGAAACGCCGUUCCAAGCGACACAAAGGUCCUUCCGGCGCUUCGGCGGCGACCCCUCCACCCCUGGCCGUGGAGGUCCGCGCCGAUCUCUUCGUCAACAGCACCUCCUUCAACGUCCUACGGGACGCUCUACAAACCGCCGGCCCUUUGCGCCUCAAGUGCCGGGAUUUCCACGCCGAGGAACUCCCCGUCACCAGUAUCGUGAGUUUACUGGACUUACUGGAACCCACCGGCGUGCGACGGGUGGAUCUACGCUUCAACAACCUGGGCUUGACCGGUCUCUGCGCCGUUUUGCCCCACUUGGCCCGUUUCACUGGGCUCCUCAGCCUCAGGUUGCCCUACAGCAACGUCAACGUGCGCCGGGUGGCCACCGAGGCCGGCCUCCGCUGCCUCGCCACCCAACUGGGGAGGUUGCUCUGCCUCAAGGAGCUCAAUUUGGGCUCUUCCAGGCUUUCGGGGAAACUGAGGCAACUUCUGGGCGACCUGCGGUCUCCCCUGGAGAGCCUGGAACUGGCCGCCUGCUUCCUCCUUCCCUCCGACUUCACCUUCCUCUCCCGAAGCCUCCACGCUCCAGCCUUGAAGAAACUGGAUCUGAGCGGCCACGAUUUCUCCCAGAACCUCCUCCAACACCUCCAACAUCUCCUGGAGGAGACCUCAGCCUCUCUCCUCCACCUGGACCUCAUGGAGUGUCGACUGACGGACGCUUGCUUGGAGUCCCUCCUGCCGGCUCUUUGCCGGUGUUCCCAUCUCCGUUGCUUGGGACUUUUUGGCAACCCCAUCUCCACGGCAGGACUCAAGAACUUGGUCCAGAAGACCGUGGUUCUUCAGGAUUUACGUUGGGUGGUCUACCCUUACCCUUCGGACUGCUUCUCCUUGGAGCCACCAUGGCCUCUUCCCGCUUUGCCCUUGGAGGAACCGCUGGAUGAGGAACGUCUGGCCGCCCUCGGCGCCGAGUUGGGCCACAUGCUGGCGAGCUCCGGCAGAGCCCACGCCGUCUGGACCACCAGCCUCUGCCGACACGGUGCCCUCGACUACUUCGCCUUGUAGCUCGGUGGCCACCUGGCCUUCAACCAAAAAAAUUUGGGGGGUUUCACCUCCUCCCACUGCUUUUUUUUUAAACGUCCUUUCUCCCCUUUUUUUUUUGGUCACCGGCAUCAGGACAACAUCCAGACCCUCCUUAAAUCGUUAAUUAACUCUGGGAAAUUGGUCAAUAAAUUGGGAGAGAGGAAAGGGAAUUCCUCCUCGUAACGACCGCUCCGGUUGGGCUCCAGCCUCUUGAAGAAGAAGGAGAGGAAGGCGACGUCUGGAUGGAGAGACAGCAGCUAAUUAACGGUAAUUAACACCCCCCCCACCAUCAGCAGUUAAUUAGCAGCGGGGAGGGGAAUUUUGGUCGUUAGCGGGGUUGCGUUUUGGGGGUUUGGGGGAGGGAGUCACGGAGGAAAGAGCAAACGGGAGGUAUAAAUGGUGGGAGGUGCUUAAUUAAGAAGGUGAUUAAUAUGCAAAUGGCACCCGGUGGCUGGUUUGCCACCCGCAAACUGGAGCAGGGCUCAGCACCCCAAUUAAUCCUAUCCCAAUUAAGGAGGAGACUCCAGUUCAGGAUCCACUCCCGAUGAAGGAUGGGACCCCAGUUAAUGAUCGGCUCCCAAUUAAGGAUAAGAUCCCAAUUAAGGAUCAGAUCUUGAUUAAGGGUGAGACUCCAAUUAAGGAUCCACUCCCGAUUAAGGACUGGCUCCCAAUCAAGGAUGAGAUCGGAUGAGAUCCCAAUUAAGGAUCCACUCCCCAUUUAAGGAUGAGAUCCCAAUUAAGGUUGAGAUCCAAAUUAAGAAGCAGCUCCUGAUUUAAGGAUAAGACCCCAAUUAAGGAUCAGAUCCCAAUUAAGGAUCAGAUUCUGAUUAAAGAUGAGACCCCAAUUAAGGUCCCCCUCCCAAUUAAGGACUGGAUCCUGAUUAAGGGAGAGGAAGUCACAUCAGGAAGCACGAGCGGGAGGUAUUAAGAGCAGGAGGUGCUUAAUUAAGAAGGUAAUUAAUAUGCAAAUAGGACCCAGCCCUGCUGCUGAGGGCUCAGCACCCCCAUUAAGGAUCGAACCCCAAUUAAGGAUGAGAUCCCAAUUAAGGAUCGGAUCCUGAUUAACAAUCAGACCCGAAUUAAGGAUGAGACCUCAGUUAAGGAUUGAAUCCUAAUUAAGGAUGAGACCCUAAUUAAGGAUCUGCUCUCAGUUAAGGACUGGACCCCAAUUAAGGAUGAUGA